GUUGCUUCCUGUCAGAGACGUGUAUUUGUCAACAUGGCGACCCAGAGCUGGUCGGACCUUCUGAAAGCUUCGAGAAAAACUGUUUUAGUGCACGAUGGGAAAAGAAAAGUGCACUAUCUGUUUUCUGACGGGAAGGAACUGGCAGAAGAGUAUGAAAUGAACACUGAUGAGCUUCUCGUACGAAAGUGGCGUAAAAAGAAUGCAGUGGGAGCACAGGGACCAUGGGAAGUAGAAGUUGGAGAACCUGCUCUUUCUGUAGAGUCUGUGUUGGAGCCUCAUGUGAUCAAGGAAAACUCUUCAAAUCCCCUGUUCAUGCGCAAAGACACCAAAACCAGUUUUCAGUGGAGAAUCCGGAACCUUCCCUACCCAAAAGAUGUCUACAUGGUUUCUGUUGAGCCCAAGGAACGCUGUUGCAUCAUCAGAACAACAAACAAAAAGUAUUAUAAGAAGUUCUCCAUUCCGGAUAUGGACAGGUGCCAGCUGCCGCUGGAGAGCUCCGCCCUCACCUUCACCCAUGCAAACAACACUUUAAUCAUCAGCUAUAAGAAACCCAAGGAGAUUCUCACCCUUGAGCAGGAACUGCUGAGAAAUGUGAAGAAGAUAAAAAGUGUCAACGAUGGAGACGGAGACUGCAAAACGCAGUGAGGAGCGGCAGAGACAGAGACAUGCGUCAGACAUUGUCUUAAAAUGCUUGAAAUGCACCACAGCUGCUCAAAUUCCUCUGUUUAGGUAUUUAUCGUGUAUUUGGGAGAUGAAAAUUGUCAUCUAAAUGCUCAUUGGCUGUGUUCCUUUUUUUCCCCUUUUUUCUCUCUGAAAGUGUUGUUUAAAUAACAUAUUUCGAAAUGAAGAUGUAUUAAACUGGUUUUGUUUGGCCCAUCUGACUUUAAUGUAAAAAAAAGCCCGACAACGUGCGGUUGGCUGGGUUAAACCGAGCAAAGUGUAACCUGAUAAUUCCGUUCUAUUUGAUCUUCAAAUGCAGAAAAUCCGAGGACUUUAACGACAAUAGAAUAAAAAAAAAACAUGUUUUCAUUUGCUCGGCAUUAACAAUGGCGGGGCAUGUUUUGACAGGCCGCUGGACUAACAGUGAUGUGUAACCCCUGUUAAGUACCCCUAAAGUGCUGUAAAAAUGGCCUACUGAAAUGCGGAACAACCUUUUUAAGGUGGUAUUCCACUUGCGAGCCCUACGAGUGGCGUAUGUGUGGUUUGUUCCGUGGAUCCUGGCCACCCGUACUUUUAAAGAACAAUGACCUUUUUCCCCCCUGAGGGUCCUCGCUUUAUUGUGUGUGGCCCUUACCCCAUGGACUUCAAAGCUCGAAGCUUUAGUGUGUUUUCAAGAACACAAACGGUUCACCUUGCCCCAGUCUUUUCACACACACUUGCUCGGUUGCUCACGGAUAGUUUUCAUUACAGCCACAUUACAUAUUCUUCCAAGCGACUUACUGUGUGUGUUCUGUUGAAUUAUAAUAGAAAGUGCACUGCUAGCUGUUGUUUUAAACUUCGUCAACACUGAUGAUGUAAGACUUUUGACUGCUUUCCACACUGAGUGUUAAGUAAAUA